AUGAGAAUUUUAUCGUCUUUUUUGAUUGUGAACAAUCAAUUUUCAGAAUUCCCCGAGCCCGUGUUGUUUCUWCCUCUYAAUAAACAAUACGGYACACGAGACAUCAGUAAGAGUAAUCUAACUACGACGKCUGUUGGYGUUACYUUGUCUCCUGGACCAGAUGGUAAACCGGACGGGUCAUACUACUUCGAUGGAAACACACCAUCUAUGUAUAUUGAAGUACCACAAGACUCGAAGAUYGACACAAGGUAUUCGAUGACGAUCAGUUUUUGGGUGUACGUUCAGGGAAGAAUUGGUCCAAUCUUUCAUUACGAUACUCAAACUGGAAAUUUCGCAUUUCAUCUUUAUUCUGAAGCAGACGGAAACAUCUUCGUUCGUCAAGUCAGCAGAGGUGGUUCACAUUUCCAAAACAUGAGAACAAAGACGUUAAAGCUAAACAGUUGGGGAUACUAUGCCUAUACCUAUGAUUACAACACUGGUAUACAAAAGCAAUACGUGAACGGUAUGGAGGUGAAGAGUGAAAAUAUCGGCAAGUCUGAGAUCGCUACACAGUACAAGAUAACAAUAGGAGGGCAGAAAAUUGGAGACGCUAGGUUUUUCAAGGGAAGACUUUCGUGCGUCCAGCUAUACAAUAAAACCUUGAACAGAGAUCAGAUUCUGGAGGCAAAAAGAUACUGCAACAGAAAUGAUCUCUACCAGUCUUGUUCUCAUUACGAAUCCAUAAACGAUCCCUCAAGAUCUUUAGAAAACAAACUCGACAACCAGCGACCUUCUGACAAAAGCGCCAUUAGCCGUACCCACUGGUAUCGGCUGACGGGAAAAAGAAUAAGUUCAACUUGCCCCAAAUCAGGUUCUUGUGGAACCCAGACUCCUGGAUGGCUAAACGGCGCAUAUCCGACGCUUGAAGAUGGGAUCAAAAAGAUGGACUUAUGUUACCGUAAUGCAGGCUCUAAUUGCUGUGCGUCGAAAGUCAACGUAUUCGUAAGACAGUGCUAUGGAUAUUACGUGUUCAAGUUUGAGGAUUUCCCAAACGAUGGUCGCUUCUGCACGGAAAGAGGCGGUAAUACGCUCAGUGACGUAAUGUUCGUGUCCACCUAUGAGCGAUGCCUCACAGGUCACGUGUUUCAUAAUGAGAGUGACGUCACAGAUGUUUCAAGAUGCAUUGGUUYUUGCCUGAGUGCGGGAGACAACUGCAAGUCUGUAAAUUUCAUYAAUGAAGAGAAUGGCAAAUGUCAGCUUAAUAAUGCAGUUAACGGAGAAGGACAGCUGAAUAUGGACAGCAAGUGCACUUACUAUGAAAUGAUUUGAAUCCGCGCUAUUUAUAAAGCAAUUGAUUCUCCUUUUGAAUUCCCACUUACUCCUAAACUUUACUUAUCGCUUUUCGGUUGCUUCAAUAAAUGUUGCUUAGCUCAGACGUCAUAAUUUCAACAUUGAUUUUCAAUGGAAAAAUUCGUGCACUUUAAAAGGGUGUAAUGAUACAAAUGAUGUUAUUAUCCAAAAUGAUGUAAAUUUGAUGUACAUCAAAUUUACAUCAUUUUGGAUAAUAACACCAUAUUUACAUCAAAUUUAACAACCUUAAAGCGCGCGAUUGUUUCAGUGUUUAGGUGCUAAGGGAGACGAAAUUAUCGGCUGCUUGUGUUAAUUGUCCAAAAUUUUUGGCAACAAUUUUUGUUUCCAAGUUCCUCCCUGCCAUCCUUAGUGUUGGAUCGUUAGAAUUAGAUUACGCCUAUGUUUAUACCACCAAAAAGAUGUGGUCAUUGCAAUAUGUAAAUACUCUCGUUUGCAUUAAGUUCAGAUAAUACUUGAAAUUUACUAAAACAACCUAUAUAAGAAAAUUUAUCUCUGAUCGAGUAAUAAGAUUAGAAUCAAAGAGAUUUUUUUAUAAAGAUGAUCUUCAAGACUAUGACAUAUUAUGAUCAAAUUAAAGAUACGACCAUUUAAAAAAGUGCCCAAAUGAAUGGAAAUUCGAGGGCCAUGGUCCACCAAGAUUUAUUGCGGCCGUGUUUUUCCCACAUGAAUCAUUUUUUCAAUUCGUCGGUUGAAAGGACGAAUAUUAAAAUAUUUCCAUUCAUAUCGCAAAGGGAUCAUAAAUAGAUUAUGAUCCGGGCUYUCAAAACAAUUUCAUAGCUCGCCACAUUAAUUUUGGCUCUGGAAUCGGCGAAACCGAAGCAAUAGAGACAAAAUCUAAUAAAAGAAGAGCCGAGAAAUCCGGAAUCCAAAUUUGUGAUUUCAGAUGUUUUCUAAUUGUAAAAUAACCAUGGAAGUCCAAAGUAGUGGAUUCUAGAAUCCUUGCGAAAUUUUUUAUCCAGAAACGCUCAAGAUUCGGAUCCAGUGUCAUGGGCUGACAAAUUGGACGUGAAUUUGUACAGUCUAAAUUUUUUUAUUAGUUUAUGACUCUAUGCUUUAUGUAAAAUGGCCCAAAGUUUUAAAUUAAAUAAAAAUGAAUCAUUACGUUCAGGCA